CCCCAAAAUCCCUUCUUUCACCUCACCCCCAUCCCACUUCCCAACCCCCUCCACGUGCACCCUCUCCUCCGUCACCCUAUUUUGGUUCAUUUCUCCACAUGCCCCUCCCUCCUAUUCUUCCCCUAUUCCCUUUUUUUCUCCCGUGGUUGUUCUCUCUUCCUACUGCCUGUUUUUUCAUAGUCCUUCCCUCUUGCAUUGCAAGUCUUACAUGAACGAAGUUGGAGGAAAUCGAGCCACACUCCUGGUUCAUUAUUCUCAAAGUUUAGUCAGAGUUUCCUCUUUAGCAUCCAUCAACAAUCUUGCAAUUUCCAGCAGAGCACAGCUUAAUUUUGUUCAAAGUUUUCGUUGUUGAGUUGGCCUUUUAUGUAGAUUAUUUUGGAGGACCUUUACUCCUCCAGGCCAGUGUCCAUUCUUGGCAAAAGACUAGUUUUGGUUUUAUUUUUGUUAACACGAGGCAUUCGUUGCAUAGAAAGGACCAUGUGCAAACUACUUAAUUCUUCAGAUACAACAAACUUCAUUGAAAGGAAUCUUGAAUUUUUUUUCCCAACUUGAAGUUUCAUUCCCAGGCAAUCUCUGUUUAUUGAGUUAUGUCAACAGCUGCACUAUUCACCUUGUGUAGAUCUGGUGGCUUUCAUGUGAGAAGAAGAGCUUUGUUGAACUUUAAACUGCUGCAGGACGAAAAGCGUGUGAUUCUGCUUUGUCAGAGUAGUACCACUGAUCGAAGGUCUUCGCGCUUUGACGUUGAUGGUGGUGGCCGCCUGACAUCCUGGGAUUCUUUUGGAAUUUGGGACAACCGCAUCGAUGAACCAAUUCUUCUUCCACCAAGCAUAAAAUAUGGCAAACCCAUUCCUAACGUUAGCCUGAGUAAAGUCGGGUGUGUCACUCAAAUAGGCCAACGCAAAGAGAAUGAGGACCGUUUCAGUAUUGGCAUGCUAAGUGAUAAUGUGCUGUACUUUGCAGUGUUUGAUGGACAUGGUGGAACAGCAGCAGCUGAUUUUUGUCAUAAAUACAUGGCAAAGCAUAUUGCACAAUGCCUUUCACAGGAAGAGGAUCUGGAAGUGGUAUUGACCAGAGCUUUUUAUGAAACAGAUAAGGAAUUUGCAAGACAUGUCCAUUUAUCUGAAAAUGUCUCUUUCCUUGCUUCGGGGACAACUGCCACUGUGGCUCUGUUACGUGAUAGCAUUGAGCUUGUGGUAGCAAGUGUGGGUGACAGCCGGGCAAUUCUUUGUCGUAAAGGGAAACAUAAGCGACUGACUGAAGACCACACUCCAGAACGGAAAGAUGAGAGGGAAAGGAUUAAGAAAUGUGGUGGAUUUGUUGCCUGGAACAGUCUGGGUCAACCACAUGUAAAUGGGAGAUUGGCUAUGACACGUAGUAUAGGAGAUCUAGCUUUAAGGUCUGCAGGAGUCAUCGCUGAGCCAGAGACCAGACAGAUUAAGCUGCAACAUGGAGAUGAUGCUUUCUUAGUUCUAACAACAGAUGGGAUUAACUUUAUCAUGAAUAGCCAAGAGAUAUGUGAUCACAUCAGUCAAUGUCAUGAUCCAAUAGAGGCUGCUCAGGUUAUUGUUGAACAGGCACUGCACUAUGGUGCAGAAGAUAACAGUACUAUUAUUGUAGUUCCUUUUGGUGCAUGGGGAAAGCACAAAAACACUGGCACCAGCUUUUCUUUCAGCCGAAGCUUUGUCUCAAGUGGAAGAUGGGCAUGAAGUGGAAGGAUUAUAGUCUCUGCUGCCUGCUCGCAGUUCAGUUUUCAAAAAUAUCUAUUUUAAGGCCACUUUCUUUUGUUUUUCCAUCUGGCAAAAGCUCAUCCUGUCAUAGCCUGUAAUGUGAAUAAAGGCAGCUAGCCAGAUGUACAAUUAAACAUUGCUCUGUUAUUUUAACAAAGGAUUUAAUAACUGGACAGAAAAAAUAAUCUUUGUAGCGAACUGGUAGAGGUAUUGACACCACUAAUUGAUCACUUUAAUGCCUGUUUAGCUGCAAUAAAACUUGUGUUAUAUAAAUUCUUAAAUGCUUGUGUUGUAAGUCACAGAAACUGGUUAUAUUAAUCUUGGUGCAACAGUACAAGGACAAUUUGUGCCCGUUCUAGUGUGUUUUCAGUUCUGGCACUGAAACAAGUAGAUUUGUUGAGUACAAGAACUGGAUGUAACUAUCUGAUGUUGGAAAUUGGGGCAAGGGAGAUUCAUAUAUUUGAGCUGGUUCCCAUUAAACUACUACUGCUUAUUCAGUAUAUCCUUGAAAGAACCUUUUCUUCCUCUUUGAGCAAUUUAAAUACAGUGGAAGAAAAUCUUGCCCCACCUAAUCUUGAGCUGCUUUAUUGCUAAUUUAAGCAGGCAAAAUAUUUUUAAGCACGUAAGCUUUUUCACUGUUCCCUGAGUAUUCUAAUUUCCUCUGUGUUGAGCAUGGCAACCAAAGCACAGGGAGAAAUAUAUUUCUAUACCAUCAAGGAAUUUGAGCUUUAAAGUAUGUUCACUAGAACUUGAAGCUUUUUUUCUUUUGUUCCCUGUAGUAAACAAAAUGUGGCUGGCAUUGUAACGGAGAGUUCACUUGCUGAUCUUUGAGACCUGUCAAAGGAAUUGUGAUUUUUGUCACAAAUAUCUGUGCCUCCCCACGUCACUGCUGGAAUAGCUGUGCGGAACUAAACUGGAAUAUACAUGUAAUGGUGUGCCUUUCCAGUCCUACAUUUUCCAGCAUUUAUCCCACGUGGAAUUUGAGAAAUAUGAAGUAGUACAUUUGGAUCUAAUUUUGAGUUUCAGCAGAGAGGUGUGUGAUAUCAUCUCAAUCCCAAAUUGGGAGGACAGCAAAGUUGCUGUGGAGAGUAGGCUCAUAUGAUCUAUGCCUGUUAAGUGGGUUGGGAUUUUUUUUCUGAGGGCACUAUGUAAACACAAAUUGUUGUAAAUGACAGGAAGCACGAGAUAGGAAGAAUGUUCUUCCAAGGUCAUUUUUUGUGUUCGUGAAUGUGCCCAAAAUUCUCAAGCACAAGUGUCUUUUAUUGUAUGUGGAGAGCAGACACACCUAGGAGACCUUGGUUAUUAAAAGUUGCCAGUAACUGGAGGGUUGAGGUUUUGGAGUCUAAAGUAACUCUGGCCAAUAUGUCUCCUUUUUCUGACAGUUUGUACUUGUUCACUACAAAAGAUUUGACUAAGGUCAGUUGUAAACUAAAUAUGCAUCCUCUACUGAGGAUUAAGAGAUGUGUAAAUGCAUUGACAGAGACAAGGAAUUAAUUAAUCAAAUUCAUAUGGCAUUGGAGGCAUUAUGGAAUAAACUGAAGAAGUACUUUUAAAGUAUUUGUGUAAAGUUUGAAUGGGGGGGAACUCGUGUAGAAAAGGGAUGUAUCCUUUACUGUAAUUCUGAAGCAUAAUGUGAAAUAGUAGUGCAAGCCGUGGCAAAGUUUUGUCCUUGCUUACUUUUCUCUGUCUUGCCUUCUGGCCCAGAUCCCAAAGUAGAACCCCAUCAGUCAAUACACAGGAUUUGGUUUUUUUUUUAAUUAAUGCUAGAUGGUGUAUGCUGACCUACAGUAAAUUUAAAAUUAAACUUUGUGAAUUGGUCUCUUUUGCCAACUGUAUAUUCUGAGCUGGUUUUACUUUUGGUGGUGUUACUGGUAAUUUGAAAUGUUGCAGUUUAAUCAGUGUGAAAGUAGAAUGACCAGAGAUACGAAAAAAAUCUUUCUGCUGUUUUCAUCCAUUUUGGUAAUUCCUCAGUUACAUAUAUCAGUGAGGAAGCCAAAUACGUUAUAAAAUGUGAUUCACAUCAAAAAUCGAUUUUUCAACUGUUCCUUUCUAUACUGUUAAAGUCACAUGUCAUAUUAUCUGUUACUAUUGGAAAUGGUAGAAAUUUUGCAGAAUUAUUAAAAGAUUCAGUACCUCAGUUGUGCAAAUGCCAACACUAAAUGCACUGCAGUAGCUACUUUAAAUGUGAUUUAAUCUAGAGAGACAUGCCUAGUGUGUCUCUUUCACGCCCCCCCCCCCCCCCCCCCCCCGCCAAAAAAUGGGUAAAGACUGCGCUUAGUACAUGAAGCAAAUUAGAAGCUAGAUCCCUGGAUUGACUAACGCAAUGAAUAUUACAUAGAAUAUAGGGAUAUUUUCAAAAUGGUUGCAUCUGUAAAUGUGACUAGAAACCUAAUCCAGAUGUUUUGUGACUUGAAUCUAUCCAAGUACUUCUGCUGGGUCUUGUAUUAUAAUAUGUAUAGUGUGUAAAUAUUUGUUAUAUAUAGUAAAUCUGUAAUAUACAUUAAUCUUUAUUUGUCUUGGUUAGUAAAUAUGUAUUAUAUUAUGGUUGAACUGACUAUGUUUGUACAGAUUUUGCCCUUGUAUUUUAACCAUGUCUUUUUAUAAACCAGUAAAACCCUAGCAAUCCAAAAGCAGGGUUAGGUUGCAUUUUGAAGGCAGUGCUAAAAAAUGUACAUUGUGUUUAUCUAAAGGACUGCUAUUAGUAAGCUACAGCUAUGAAUUCAACUUCUUGUGAAUAUUUUUGGUGUUUAUUUGGAAGGAAAUCUAUUCAUGUUAAAAGUUUGCUUUCUGCUGGGUAUGUGUUGCAAUGUUUAAUGCAUAGAUGCUUUCAAUAUAUAGAAAUGUACUGUAAUCAGAAAAUAUUCAAUUUUAUAUGCCUUGUGUGCAGCUCCCAAAACCUAAACACUUAGUCCCAGAAAAACAGCAUAUUGGACAAUGAAAGCAGAAGCUAUGAAAUAUAACAGAACAAACAACAACUAUAUUUAGCAUAAUAUAUUCUGUUCUAUUGCUCUGCCAUGCUAGCUGUAGUGUUGCUGUAAAUUUGUCUGCAUAUUGCACUCGGUACCCAUCUGUGCUUUGAUACCACCUAAUUGAUUGCAAAGUUGUGCAAUGAAAUGAAAUCAGUAACUUUAAUGACUCGCCUCAAUCAUUAUUCAGUGGUGCAUAACCUCUUACCAGACAUCAUGCGCCAAACAAAAUUAUCAUCUUUUAGCUUUUGUGGAACUGGUGAGCAAUUAUUUGUGUGUGCUUAUAAGUACAAGGCUUAUAAUGUUGGCUGUAUCUUAUUUAUACUGAGAGCAGUACAUCAGGAAGGUAUUAAUUGUAUUUUGCCAUCUUUUGAGGAAUGUUGGUAUAAUGGAGACAUUACUGAAAUGGUAAUUCGAGAAUUCAAGUUCAUACCACAGUUUGUUUUGAAGAUUUUGGUUCAUGACUAUGAAGCUGUCAGAUUGUGUCUUAAAUUCAACUUACUCAUUGGAGUUUAUUUUAACAGAAGGAAAUUUACUGUUUUUUAGAUAUUUUCUAAUCAGCCUGAUCAGAGAUGUUAUGACCCGCCUCUGGAGCAGGUGGGACUUGAGUCCAGGUCUCCUAGCCCAGAGGAAUGGACACUAACACUGCACCACAGGGGGCCCUUGCUAUCUGUAUUCAAUAUACCUAUACAUUAAUCCAUAUCAACAUGUUUGACUUUUAACUACCCUUUGAAGUGGCCUAGCAAGCCAGUUAGUUAUUUUAAGCUCUCUAGCAAGUCAUUGCUGAGAAGAAUUUGCUGUGAAUGAAGUUUUUUUAAUUGAUAUAAAUACCUGGAUCAAAUCAGUUGGUCAGUAAAUUAUUUAAUGUAGAGCAGCAAGUAAGCUAAAUGGAAUGUGAAAGCAACUGUACGUAGGAUCCAUUAAAAGUGGAGCCAUGCUGCAUAUGUAGUCUGUUUUCUCAAGAUUUUUUUCUUUUAUGGUUUGCCUGGUUUGGUUUUAGUACAUACAACCAUCGUUUGACGGAAUUUGCCAAAUGAAUUUGUACUUAAACUGUCUGUUAAUCGAUAAUGUGAUCGGUUUUCAUAUAUUUGUAAUUGGUUUAUUUUAAUUUGAGUUAGAAGCCAGAACUUCCAAGGUUUUCAUAUCAACCUGACCAAAUUAUUAGAUUUCCCACUUUUCUCUUUUUUUUCUUUUCCAGUGUCCUGCUUGAAUUUACUGUUUGGCAGAUGUCAUUGCUUGUACGAUACUGGAUGUAUUGCAAAUAUUUUCAAGUUUGAAUUGCAGAUGUUUUGGGUAACGCUUGGUAAAAACAGCAUGUACUGCUAUGUACAGUAACUGUGAAAAAUGUAAGUUGUAUGUAACAUUUCAGAAUAUUCAAAUAAAAUUAUUUACGUAUAAUUUUGCAAA